AUCUUUUUUCUAAAUCAAAAUACCACCAACUGAUUGCCAAUAAUUAUUAUUAUUAAUGCAUAUACAAUACAUAGACGGUAGCAGAAACACGGAGGCCCACGGUUGUUAUUUGCCCCGGAAGCCCAUAGAGGGUUAUUCCGAGCUUGGAACGAAAUGGGAAAUGUUUUAUAUAUAUAAACGAAAAUAAAAACAACAAACAAUUUUAUUUAAUCUAAUAUUCUGGUGUAUGGGUGGUUCAAUGCUGCGGAUUAUGUGCAGUUCCAGGCGCCUCCACUGAGCUUCAGCGCAUUUCUUCCAUGACUGUGUUGAUGCAGCAGCAGGGAGGGAUGUGUUGUGUCAUCCAGGCAGCCCGGCAGACGCUCGGUCCUUCAGUCGGACUCCUUCAGCUCCAUCAUGGCUCUCAACGUCCCCGGAGUGACCGUGAUGAUGUUCUUUUACCUGCUGGUCCUCGGGAUCGGUAUUUGGGCCUCUUUCAAAUCGAAAAGGGAAGCCAAGAUGGGCCAAGGGGAUAAGACCGAGAUGGCUCUGCUGGGAAACCGGGGCAUCAACCUGGUGGUCGGCAUCUUCACCAUGACAGCUACGUGGGUUGGAGGAGGAUUCAUUGUGGGAACAGCAGAGGCAGUCUACAACCCCUCCAUGGGACUGAUCUGGGCUGUCAUGCCAAUUGCAGCGACCUUGUGUUUCAUCAUUGGUGGCCUGUUCUUUGCUGAGCCGAUGAGAAACAAUAAGUAUGUCACCAUGAUGGAUCCUUUCCAGAUCAAAUAUGGAAAAGUGCCGACGGCUGCUCUGUCAAUGGCUUCACUCGUAUCAGAGGUUAUGUGGGUGACAGGAACACUCAUAGGAUUAGGUGUUACCAUGAGUGUGAUCCUGGAUUUGUCCUACACUGUGAGCAUCUGGAUCUCAGCUGCUGUGGCCAUCACCUACACACUAAUGGGAGGUCUCUACUCUGUGGCUUACACAGACAUUAUACAGCUCAUCCUCAUAUUCAUCAGCUUGUGGCUGUGUGUCCCCUUCGCCCUGAUGUGCCCCGCUGUGGUGGACAUCACCGAGACGGCUUACAACUACACCUUCCAGUCUCCGUGGGUCGGGACUCUGGAGGCAGACAGAGCCUGGAGGUGGAUCGAUAACUUUUUACUGCUGGGUUUGGGGAACUUGGGGCUUCAGAAUUUCCACCAGAGGACGCUGUCAGCCUCCUCCUCAGCUACAGCCAAGAUCACGUGUUUCACUGCUGCGUUCAUCGUUCCCACAUUAGGCAUCCCUCCCAUACUCCUCGGUGCAGUGGCUGCAUCAACAGACUGGAACUUGACCACUUAUGGUUCUCCGUCUCCAUAUGAACGUGGGGAUACGGGUCUCAUCCUGCCUAUCGUCCUGCAAUAUCUCACCCCGACCUACAUCUCUAUUAUUGGGAUCGGGGCUGUGGCAGCCGCUGUGAUGUCAUCGACUGACUCUGCCUUGCUGUCUGCAGCCUCCAUCUUCACCUCCAACAUCUACAAGAACAUCCUGAGGCCCCAGGCAUCAGAGCAGGAGAUCCAGUGGGUGAUCCGGGUGUCGGUGGUGGUGGUUGGGCUGGCCGGCACGUCUCUCACCUUCCUGGACAACAGCGUCCUGAUGAUCUGGAUGCUUCGAUCUGACCUCACCUACACCCUCAUGCUCCCUCAGCUCAUCUGCGUCCUCUUCUUCAAAGUCUCCAACGCUUACGGGGCAGUUCUGGGCUGCAUCGUGGGCGUGCUGUUGAGGGUGCUGUGUGGUGAGCCGCUGCUGGGGAUACCGCCCAUCAUCCGAUUCCCAGGAUGCGUCCUUGUAAAUGAUGUUUACAUCCAGCGUUCCCCAAUCAGAACCAUCUGCAUGCUCUCUGCUGUGGCGGCCAUCUUGUUGUUCUCCUAUCUGGCGUCUCUGCUCUUCAGCAAAGGCCUUAUUCCUGAGAAAUGGGAUGUUUUUAAAGUGAAAGCUCUGAACUCGGCACAAACACAAGGUGGCGCCAAAUCCGACACUAAAGACGAGAGCUUGAAAGAACAAAAUGAAAACGAUGAAGCGUGCGAACCAAUGUUAGAAUCAAGAUGUUAGGUAAGAGCUAUGAAUGCAAUUUAAGUAAGAAACCUCAUUUCAAAUAAGUUUUUAUAUAUUUUUAAAAUGUACAUACUGGUUCAAAAACAAAUGUAUGCAAUGUGUAAUGACACACUUAAUUAUAGUACAGUAUAUUUUGAUUUUUUGUAUACUUUUAUAUAUAGCAUAAAUGGAAAAAAAUAAAAGCUAUGCUCUUUGUUUUAAGAGCUCAGCAUUUUCUCUGCAAUUUUAUGCAGCAGUGAUACUUUCAGGCAUGGACGGAUUACUGUAUAAGACAUAGUUAGUCUUUUUAGCAACAUUUCCCUUUACUGUAACCUCAACUCCAGAGUGCUGCUGUUGGUUGAAAACUACAUCUGAACUUCAGUAUUUAGUUCAUGGAGGUGAAGGAAGGGCAGUUUAAGGUCUUCUCAAAGCUUCCACAUAUUAUACACAAUACUAUGAGACACUAUACGAAAUAUUAUUGUAAACCAUAAAAAAAAAAAAAAAAAACUUGUGGUGCAGGUUAUUCUUUCUUAAAGCAGAGUUUUUUUUCUGUUGUAAAGCAUUCUUAAAUUCAUCUGUUAACUUUAAAAUAGGUACACUAAGCAGCUAUAUUAUGUUGGAAAAAAUGUGAUCAUCAAAGUCUGCUUGCUGGUGUUGGGGAGUACUACUGCAUAUGUGAAAAAAAAAAAAAAGCUGUAUAAAACCUUUUGUGGCUCCAGAAGGAGCUGUGUGAAAUCUGCUACAUUUCCAUCCUUUUAAAAGCUGUCCAUUGUGUGUCCGAUAAUUUUAUAGGAAUGCAAUGUUAAAUCAGUGGGGUACUCUUUUAACAGCAGUAACGGUAAACAGAUUCUGACUUUGGGGGACCCUGAACCCUUCUGCCCUUUGUUCUGUGCCCAGCAGUUAAGGCAAUUUUAAAUUUGUUCGAACACUGUUUAAAGUCUUGAUUUUAGUGCAGGCUACAGCAUAUAAAACAAUUACUGGUUACAUGAAAGUAUUGUUGAAAACAAUCUCAAUGUUAAAAUAAAAACAUUUUAUUCAA